CCUUGUGGACCGGAUUUGGGGGACAGAGAGGCCUUCCAUUCCCAGUCAGCCAAUUUACUACCUCCAGGAGAAAUUCACAGGGAGCACGUGGCAAGAUAAAGUCAUUGGAAUCCGAAACCAGAUGAAAAACCAUGCCAAAGCCCCCACAGCGGUCCUUCUGUCUGCACUGGACGAGACAGCUUGGCUCUUCAACCUUCGAAGCAAUGAUAUCCCAUACAACCCCUUCUUCUAUUCCUACACUCUACUGAGCAACUCUUCGAUCAGGCUAUUUGUGAAUGCCAGCCGGCUAAGCAGUGACACUCUACAGUAUCUGAGCUCCAACUGCACGGACCUAUUGUGUGUGCAAAUCGAAGACUACGACCGAAUCCAAGAAAGCAUCCAGGAGUAUGCCAAGGGAGACGUCCGGAUCUGGAUUGGAACUGAAUAUACCACCUAUGGGCUCUACGGGGUCAUUCCCGAGGAGAAACUCGUGGAAACCUCCUACUCCCCAGUAAUGAUGGCUAAAGCAGUAAAGAACAAAAAGGAGCAAGAUCUGCUCAGGGAUGCCCACGUGCGGGAUGCUGUGGCUGUGAUCAGGUACCUGGUGUGGCUGGAGAAGAACGUGCCGCAGGGCACGGUGGAUGAAUUCUCUGGGUUGGAACAAGUGGACAAGCUCCGGGGAGAAGAAGAAUUCUCAGCUGGGCCUAGUUUUGAAACCAUCUCAGCCAGUGGCCUGAAUGCUGCCUUGGCCCACUACAGUCCAACCAAGGAGAUCCACCGUAAGCUGUCCCGAGAUGAGAUGUACCUGGUGGAUUCUGGAGGGCAAUACUGGGACGGAACAACAGAUAUCACCAGGACAGUCCACUGGGGAAUCCCGUCUUCUUUCCAAAAGGAAGCCUACACUAGAGUGUUGAUGGGAAACAUUGACCUGUGUAGACUUGUCUUCCCCUCAUCCACAUCAGGGCGAGUAGUGGAAGCCUUUGCCCGAAGAGCUUUGUGGAAAGUUGGCCUCAAUUAUGGACAUGGCACAGGGCAUGGCAUUGGCAACUUCCUCUCCGUGCAUGAAUGGCCAGUGGGAUUCCAAUCCAGUAACAUUGCUAUGACCAGAGGCAUGUUCACAUCUAUAGAACCCGGUUACUAUCAGGAUGGAGAGUUUGGAAUCCGCCUCGAAGACGUGGCCCUGGUAGUAGAAGCCCAGACCAAGUACGGUGGAUCCUACCUGGCCUUCGAGGUGGUGUCUCUGGUUCCCUACUGCCGGAACCUCAUCAAUACUAGUCUGCUGCUGCCAGAGCAGCUUGAGUACCUGAACCAGUACUAUAAGACGAUCCAGCAGAAAAUUGGCCCCGAGCUGCAGCGACGAAACCUGGAGGAAGAGUACCAGUGGCUCCUGAGGAACACUGAACCCCUAACUGGCAGCAGCAGUUAUACCCACCUUCCUGCAUCACUGACCGUCCUGGUGGCAGCCACCCUCGUGUCUACCCUGGGCCAAAGCCUAGCGUGAGGAGCCCCCCACAACCCCCCAGGGCUGAGCUGGGCACCGAAAGUUCAAGCCACCUGCCUCCAAACCUUAAAUUUGCAACCUUCGGGGAAGAACCCCCCCCAGAUUGAAAGUUGUGUUUCCUCUCACCCCCUCCCCACCCCCCAAUCUAAGGCUUUUCCAUCCUGAACUUCCUGACCCUGGCCCCAGACCAGGAUGUUCUGCCCAAAGGAGUCCAGAUACUUCCCAGGAUUCUAGGCCUCUGGGCUAGGAGUCUAGUGAAAGAUUUACUUUUUUAAAAUUUUUUUAAUAUUUGCUCUCAUUUCUCAAAUAAAAAAAAAGAACAGAG